AUGGCAUCUAAUUUGUCUAUAUAUACAACUCUUCUUAAUUUGGAACCACUUGGCAUUUCACCAUCUCAUAUUUUACCAGUGUUCGUGCUUGGAACCCUUACAUAUGGUGCUAUUUUGUUUUUCAAUAUUACAUUACUGCUAACAAUUGCUCUGAACCAAAAUCUUCAUAAACCGAUGCACAUACUGUUGUUUAACAUGCCAAUUAAUGACAUUGUAGGUGCCUCUGCCUUUUUUCCUCAAAUGAUGGUGAGUAUACUGUCACAGAAUAGAUCCAUCACUUAUUCUGCCUGUUAUGUGCAAACCUUCCUGACACAUUUGUAUGGGGCUGGAUCACUUCUUAUUCUAACCGCAAUGGCUUAUGACAGAUAUAUUGCCAUUUGUUACCCACUGGAAUAUCACACCUUGAUGUCUCCAAAUAAGUUGUUAAAGAUAAUCCUUACAAUAUGGACCCUAGAUUUUACAGUGAUCGGUUUACCGCUUGCUCUGAGCUACCGUCAAGAGAUUUGUAGCACAAGAAUUGUGGACACUUUCUGUAAUAAUCCAAGUUUGAUGAAGCUAAUUUGUGAGGACACAAGGUUGAAUAAUUACUAUGGACUGUUUACUAUCAUUUUUCUCCAAGGACUCUCACUGUUCAUGGUGCUAUUCACAUACAUCCAAAUCCUAAUCACAUGCAUUUCAAAAAGACAAUCUGCUGCAAAAAGCAAAGCAAUUCAGACCUGCGGUACACACCUAGUUGUUUUCUUAUUUGUAGAGUUCAAUUCACUCUUUGCCUUAAUGUCACAUAGAUUUGAGAAUGUAUCCCAGUACUUACGAAGGGCUUUUGGUGUGUCUGUAAUGAUAUUUCCUCCUUUUCUGAAUCCUCUAGUAUAUGGACUGAAAACAAAGGAAAUUCGACAGAAUGUUACUGUCUUCUUCCAUAAAAAAAUAUCUCAGUCAUAA